UUUUAUUAAUUUACUCGUUUUCUGCAGGAUGGUGUUACUGGUGCGAGGCGUGGUUCAGGACGAACCCCCGCCGGACACGAGGACGCUGUACCUCAACCACCCGGUACUCAGAGAUUCCGCAUCGCAACUGCUCACCAUCUCUACAAAAGUCGUCGGGCCCAUAGGGCUCCUUUACGUGUGCCAACGGGAGAUGGCAGUGACCGUACCUCAUGACAAAAACGUUUCGAUCAUUGGUUCCGACGACGUUACCACUUGCAUCAUUCUCGUACUCCGACAUACCGGUUCUGGUGCUGUAGGUUUUGCUCAUCUAGACGGUUCGUGUACCGAGGAAUGUGUGGUGAACAUGGUGCAUAGAAUCCAAGAGCUGUCCAUGGGCUUCCCGGACGGUCGGCUGGAAAUGUCUCUGAUUGGCGGAUUCACUCACGUGUUGCGUUAUGGCGAACAAGUGUUUUAUAGUCUGAUGGUUGCUGUUCACAAACAUCAAACUGAAAUCGAACUUGUGCUCGCGUGUGUUGGAGAACUCAACACCAUUAUGCGGAACAACGUCCAUUGGCCGUUGCUUUACGGAGCGGGAGUUAUGGUCAAGAGCGGUGAAGUGUUUCCGGCCAAUUUUCCUGACAAAGGGCCUGAACAACCUUUGAGGCUAGCUCGGCUGUUCACAGGCCUGCAACCGGUGUUGGACGUGUAUGACUGCAGCUUGGGUCUCUUGAGAAUCGGACCGUUCAACUAUGAGCCUAUGCGCAGUGUCGACUUGUGGCUCCAGCAAUCCGACGAAUUCAUUCUACAAGCUUUGUCGACUACGCCCGACGUAGAACCACCGCACACAGUCAUGGCCGUAAGAAUCAAAUUACACGUUAAUAAUUGUAUACUGUAUCCUCCGUAUUCGGAAGUUCAAAGCUCGAUAGUUGAUGUGUAUUAAUAAUAAUUUAAUAUU